AUGAGAUUGUUUCUUGCCUCGAAUCCUCGAUUUCAGGGUUUCACAAUGUUUUUUCACUUGUCAAUGGAACAUGAAGUAUGUCUUCAUCCCAAGUAUUUUGGAGCAAAUUUGAAUGAAACUAUCAAAAUGAAGCUCUUUGCCGAAGUGGAAGGCACGUGUACCGGCAAAUUCGGAUUCGUCAUCGCUGUGACAACAAUCGAUACAAUAGGACAUGGUCUUAUUCAGCCUGGACGCGGAUUUGUUAUAUAUCCUGUUAAAUAUAAAGCGAUAGUAUUCCGACCAUUCAAAGGGCAAGUUGUUGAUGCAGUAGUCAAUCAGGUUAACAAAGUUGGUAUAUUUUGUGACAUCGGUCCUCUGUCAUGCUUCAUAUCGCGGCAUUGCAUUCCUCCAGACAUGGAGUUUGAUCCGAACUCAAACCCACCCUGUUAUAAGACCGAGGACGAGACUUCAAUAAUAAAGCAGGACGAUGAAAUUCGGGUGAAGCUUAUUGGAACCCGAGUGGAUGCUAACGAUAUAUUCGCCAUUGGCACGCUCAUGGACGACUUUUUGGGCCUUUGUUCCACGGAAUGA